CUGCCGCAGCUCGUCGGGACCCUGGCCAGGCUCAUCUCCAAGAUCAUUGAUGCGGUGAGGACGGCACGCCAGAGUAAGCGGGAGUGCGAGUACCUCACGGUCCGCCUGUCCAUCAUCGGCGACGUGCUCCCUCGCCUGCCGCAGGACGCGAAGAUGAAGCGGUCACUCGCCGAGCUGGCAAAAACGCUGGGCGAGGCGCACAAGCUGGUCCUCGACUGCCAGAAUUGGAGCCCCGCCAGGGAGCUCAUUGGACUUGGUCAACGCCAUGCCGACAGCUUGAAGGAGGUCAACGCCAGGAUCGACUCCCACAUCAACCUCCUGAACUUGAUCUUUAACGCCACCGCCGGCCGCUCCACUUUCAACCACACGACGACGGUGCCGUCGCCGGGCAGUUCCUCGGGUCCUGUUGCCGUCAGGCUCACGUGGGCGGAAAUUGCAGCCGCGACCGAUUACUUCGCCGACGAACUCAGCCGACGCAGCCCGGAGGCGUUGUACAAGGGCCGUCUCCACGACGGCCCGGAGGUGGCCGUGAAGGUGAUGAACAAGAACGGGAGGCAGGACGUGGAGGGCGCGUUCGUGGCGGAGGUCGAGAUCCUCUUCCCCCUCCGCCACCAACACAUCGUGCGACUCGUCGGCUGGUGCUCCGAGGAGGAGGACCGCAUCAUCGUCUACCACCACGAGCAUAUGAGCAACGGCACGCUCAGAGACCACCUGAUGCGCCUGGGCCUGCGCGUGCGCGCUCCAGUGUUCCUGCGGGGCGGCUCUAGCUCGUCGCCAGUGAGAGCGACCUGGAAGACGCGCGUCGAGGUGCUGCUGGGCGUGUCGCGGGCCAUCGAGCACUUGCACCGCUGUGGGGUCAUCCACCGCAACGUCACCUCCUUCAACAUCCUCCUGGACGGAAGCUGGGAGCCGCGCCUGUCCGGCUUCGGCCAAGCGAUCUUGCAGGCGGCAAUGGGCGACCAGGUCGUCGAUGAGGUUGUCGGCACGCCCGGGUACCUCGACCCGGAGUACCGCCGCACGGGGCGUGUGAGCCCGGCGAGCGACGUGUACAGCUUCGGAAUGGUGAUACUAGAGUCGCUGACGGGGAAGGAUCCCGCCACCAUGCAGAUGGACUCGGUGCUCCUGGCCAUACGGAACAGGAAGCUACCGGAUGUGCUGGUCCGCCGCCCCGCGGCGACGCCACGGCAGCUGGAGGCGCUGGAGCUCGUGGCGCACUCGGCGGAGUGCUGCCUGUUUCCACAUGGGAACGACCGGCCUGCCAUGUCGGACGUUGUGACCAGCCUCCAUAGGGCGCUCUUUAAUAUCGACAACAAGUGGACGAGGACGACCACGGUCACGGCCGCGCCACCGCCGAGCUCCAGCUAUGACUCCCACAUCGGCCACGACGACAAGUCGACGACCACGGUCACGGCCGGGCCACCGCCAAGCUACAGCUAUGACUCCCGCAUUGGCCACGACGAGGAGUCGACCAUCACGGUCACGUCCGGGCCACCGCCGAGCUCCAGCUUUGGCUCCCUGCAGAGUCAGGUUUUUUUUUUUUUGAGAAAGCCCUGCAGAGUCAGCCUUACGAAGAUGAAGAAUCCAGCCAACCACCGGAGAGCAUCAGCACCUUAUUAUCUUCUAGAGGAAUGACCGACCAAGUAACGCAACUUAAAGCUCUGAAGGGCAUAUUGAUUGAUGCAACUGCAGAACCAAUUAUGCUAUCAUAUCCAUUUCUAAGCUCCAUCACAGGAAAUUUCUCUCGAGAAAUCGGCCGUGGUGGUUUCGGAAUUGUUUACCAGGGAGACCUUGGGACUAGGAAGGUUGCUGUGAAGAAACUUUCCAUCAUACCAGAGAGGUUCUCGGACACACUCUUUGUGGAAGAGAUUAAGUGUUUAAUAAAAGCAAAGCACAAUAAUGUGGUCAGAUUUCUAGGUUAUUGUGCAGAUACACAGGGGGAAUUGAUAUUAUUCAACGGAAUGCAUGUGUUGUCAGAGCUACCACAACGGCUGUUAUGCUUCGAGUAUUUUCCUAAUGGAAAUCUUGGGAAGUAUCUUGAAGAUAAAUCUCAUAAAGAUGAAUGGAAAAUUCGCCAUCAAAUGAUUAGGGAAUUUGUCAUGGUUUGAAUUGCCUUCAUGAGCAACGAAUUACUCAUUUGGAUUUAAAACCUGAAAAUAUUCUUUUGGAUGCUUGUAUGGAACCAAAAAUUGCGGACUUUGGGAUAUCAAGAUGCUUUGAUGAAGGAAUAUCAAGAGUUUACACCAAAAUCCUUCGUGGAACAAUGGGAUAUAUUGCACCAGAGACCAUAAAGAAUGGAGAAAUAACAUUCAAGUCAGAUAUAUAUGGUUUGGGUAUUAUAAUUAUAAAGUUGUUAACAAUGGGUAACUACUCUGAUUUUGAAAGUUGGCAUACAUCUUUAGACAUGGACCACCCACAAGUAAGGAGCUGGGCCGAAAUAGCUCAAACAUGUGUGCAUACAGACCAACAUAAGAGACCUACAAUAUGCAAGAUCAUGCAAAAGAUGAAUGAGAUAGAUAGCAUGUGAUAAAAAUUUCCAGUACCUUCAGUAUACCGAAAUUAUGAACAUUCAAGGUAGAGAUGUAAUCAUGUUCAGCUAGCAAUAUUUAUCUUGUGUACUCACAUCUUUUGGUGAUCUGUGGACAUUCUACACAAUUAUAUUAUGGACGCUAA